AUGGAUCACCACUUGCGUGCUGACUACUUCAAUCCGCGCGCUGGAAGGAUCACCACCCUCAACAGCCAGAAGCUCCCCAUUCUAAGAUUCGUCCAAAUGAGUGCUGUAAGGGGACUCCUCCGCCCGAAUGCCAUCAGAUCACCGCACUGGAAUGUCAACGCUCACAGCAUCGUGUACGCCUUGAGGGGAUGCAGUCGGGUGCAAGUGGUGGGACAUCGUGGUCAGACCGUAUUCGUUGGAGAGCUCCGUCAGGGUCAACUACUAGUCGUUCCACAGUACUUUGCUAUGAUGUUCCAAGCGCAACGCGAGAGCUUCGAAUGGGUCUCCAUCAAGACCAACGACAAUGCCAUGGUCAACCAUUUGGUGGGGAAGACAUCGGCUUUCCGUGGCAUGCCGGUGGAGGUGCUGAUGAACUCGUAUUGCAUCUCUAGAGAGGAGGCCAUGCGGCUAAAGUUUAACCGUGGAAAUGAAUUGGCCCUCUUCACUACUAAGAUCGAGAGGGAAGCGAUCAGAACUUCGGCGUAA